GUUACUAUAGCCGAAGUAUAUGUGACCUCUCAGUAGCGAUAAGCUCGGUAAAAAAAAGCCACCGCGCUCUCGAGUGGGCGUAGGAUUCGUGCCUGAAGACACCGCCAUGCCGGAUCACGGACGAGGACGGGUGCACCGUUUUCGCGACCACGUCGUCUCCGGCGUCAACUGGCGACCGACGCGGUUCCUCGACGAUGUUCCCAGUUCACGUGUGUGCAGCCUCUGUCGCAUGAUCCCAAAACGGACGGUGCUGUUGCCGUGCGGUCACGCUCUGUGCCAAUCUUGCCACGCAGCCAGUCUCGCAGCGGGCGUUGGGCGGUGUCCGUUAGAUCAAGAGCCAUUUGAAGAAGCGGAGUGCGUCGGUUAUGAAUUCCCUGCCAGGAAAGCAAACGCCGUGAGGGUGUACUGCUGGAACGAAGCUCACGGCUGCGAGUACACGGGCACCAUGGACCGCAUGCUGGAGCACUACGAGAACGAGUGCACAUUUCACACCGUGGACUGUUUGCGAUGCGGCGAGGGAGUCCAGCACAAAGACCUGCCAACGCACUACGCGGCCGGAUGCCCUGCCCGUGUUCCUUCCGCGAUCACAGAGUCCUCGGAGCAUACAGCACUGACCCUUCCAGCCGUGAACGCCGCCCUUGAAGACGUGAAGGUGAGGUUGGCAUGUCUCAACCACGACCAGCUGCUGCCAGUGAUUCAGAGUCAGUUGAAUGAGCUUACAGAACAAGCCAGGAACCAGGAAGCCAGGUUAGCUGGGAUCACUCGCGAGCUCGGGUUGCAGCACCAGCGGACGUCUCAGCAAACUCUGGGGGAGGAAGACAGCACGCCGACGUCGCUGUCGUUGCGCUCGGAAAAGGCGCUGAUACUUCGAAAGUUGGAACACAUAGCCGACCUGGAACACUUGUGGCAAACUUCCCCGAAACCUGAUUCCAGCCGUGUCAUUGCUCACUGUGAGACCUUGUACAAUGACGUUCGGCAUUUGAUCAGUGCGCUGCCAACGACAGCCACACGGAUUAGGGAAAUUGGGAGCGUGGUUUAUGUCCUAACCCUGGAAAACUGUGACAAAAUGAUUCGGUCGCAGACAGAGGCGAGAAAGUUUGCCGAGAUUACGGUGUGGCACAUGAGGGACGCGUACUUUACGCUUGCCGUCUGGAGGAGUCUUGACUUUCUACACCUGAAGAUCGAGUUUAGCGGGAUGCUGGUGGACUCCAAGUGUUUGCCGCCUAUUUGGAGCGUGAGCUUGGUGGAUCACGAAGGACUCAACGGACGUUUGCUGACUUCCAGGGUCACGCCUUGUUCCUGCAGGCGCUCUCUUGACUCGAUGGUACACUUUCACCUCGAAUUUAGUACAGACAUUGCAGUCCGGAAAUAUUCAGAUUUCAUCCGAGGCGGAAAGAUAAAGUUCCAUAUCUUGCUCAACAAUACAGAAAUGGAUGGUGGGAUCACAGGACUACCCGAACGUUCGUCAUCGCAGAAUGUGUACUGCACUGCAGAAUCAUUGCCACUUGCAAAGUGUGUAAGAUGAGCUUAGCGAACUUUUGAUGUGCUUUCUCCUAAGUAAAAUUAGCACUGCGAAAUUAUUUUUUUUUAGAUUUGCUAUCCUUUGUAACUGUCAGUCUAUUGUUUAAUGUAUUUACUAGCUGCUGUAUUGUUUGUUUAUUGUGCUAAUACAGUUUUCAUUCCUUA